CAUCUUCUAGCUGAUAACCGGGGUAGAAUAAGACACUGCGAAAAAACCUCAGUGCAGUUUAUUUCCGCCAAAAUACACGGUUGUAAUAGCUAUACUGAGCAAUGAGUGAUAUUGAGGAUGGAAAUUAUGGAGGACGGGUUAUUGAUCGUGAAGGAUUUGAAGAGUUUUAUCCAAGAAUGAUGAAGAAAAUUUUCAAGAUAAAAGAAGGCUAAUGAAAACAUGUACAGAGCAGAACAUAGAAGUGGAAAGGGAGGAAAUGUGACGGAAGAAUGGUGUCAGAUAGACGCGCUUGCAGUGUAAUGGCUAAAAUGAAACUGGUGUCAGUUUGGGUGAAGAGAGGAAAACAGACCUGGAAUCAGAAAAUGAGAAAACUGAAAAAAGAAGAAUGAAGAAGGAUAGAAAUCCUGAGAAAAGGGAGUAGCGUGUAAAGAAACUGGAAGAAUGAAUGUGUCCCUAGGUUAAGUAAAUAUACUGUUUGUGUCACAAAUGUCUUUUCUUUAUCAUGCUCUCAUUAUGUAACAUGAAAAUGCAUGUCUUACUUUUCCCUUGAUGGCCUAGGUGGACAUGGAAAUAGACCUGUCAUGUUAUAUUUGAUUGAUAAGGUUAAUAAUAGGCCAUAUUGUAAACCAAAGAUUUAUUUAUUAGAAUUUUAAGAUUACUAACCCUUUCCUCCACAGCACAUAAGCUGUACAUUUUAGAUCAGUGUACUGUAUGUGUUCAACAUACUCUACCACAUCUCACUACUGUGCCUGAUAGUUUUUCUGUGUAAAUACAUGUAUUUGUCCAUGGAAAAGUUGUUAACAUGCUGCUGUGGCAACAGGGGUCACGCUCCCCAUCUAAAUCGGAUCGCGGGAGUCCAGCUCGGGUAAAGUCGGAGAGCAGGUCCGGCUCCCCGAGCCCAGCCCGGGCCUCCAAGCGCUCUGAGUCAAGAUCCCGCUCUCGGUCAAAAUCUAGGUCUCGUUCUAGGCGGCACUCUAACCGCCGCUAUAGCCGCUCACGCUCUCGGUCCUAUUCUCGUCGAAGGAAGUCCCGCUCUCGUUCCUACAGUCCUGAGUACCGCCGUAAAAGGAGCCAGAGCACUUCCCCUAUGUCGAACCGACGCCGUCACGCUGGCAGCAGGAGCAAUGACUACACAAAAGAAGCAUACAGUCAUGGCGGAGAUGCUGAUGUUAGGGCGAACCCUGACCCCAGCACAUGUUUGGGGGUGUUUGGCUUGAGCCUGUACACCACAGAGCGUGACCUGAGGGAGGUGUUUUCGCGCUACGGUCCUUUGGCGGGGGUCAAUGUGGUGUACGACCAGCGCACAGGUCGCUCACGUGGCUUUGCCUUUGUUUACUUUGAGAGACUUGAAGAUUCCAAAGAGGCAAUGGAGCGAGCCAAUGGCAUGGAGCUGGACGGGAGGCGCAUCAGAGUGGAUUAUUCCAUCACUAAACGUGCUCACACCCCUACACCAGGAAUCUACAUGGGCCGACCAACUCACAAUGGUGGCGGAAGCAGCAGGAGGGGGAGAGACUCAUAUUAUGACCGUGGCUAUGAUCGCUACGACAGAUGUGACGAGUAUGACUAUAGGUACAGUCGCCGGCGCUCUCCAUCACCCUACUACAGUCGGUACAGGUCUCGCUCACGGUCUCGCUCCUACAGCCCACGGCGAUACUAAGUUUCUUCGUUCAAUGUUCAGCUUCCCUCCAAUAACUGAUGGUGUGCGAUUCAUCGAGGUGUUUCUGAGGGGAACAUUUUCAAUUAGCAUGUCUAUAUCAACAGAACUCUUAAUUUUGAGAUAGUUCUUGUUUACAUGCAAUAGUUGUCUUAAUUUGUAGAUGUUUUGAUGCAAGCGUGGAGAGUGUGGGCAGAGGACACUGAAACUGUAACUUCUCAGACUUGCAACCCCCCUCUUUAUGUUCUGCAGCAAUGACACCUGUUUUUCCUGUGAAUGGUGAUUUAAGGGGGGGGGGGAAGUAAGCUGUUUUUUGUUACAUAAUGGUGACAAUUAAUUUUACACCCUGUAUUGAGUAGAUAUAACAACCCACUCAGUGUUUUUACAGUAAAGAUCACAGGUUAACUUUAAUGUUACCUGGCACUAAAUAACUGGUAAGUAACAGGAAAAUCAGGUUGUAAAAUGAGCGUCACCAGCAAUCAGUGGUUGGUUCUCUGUUCACAUUCUUUUUCUUUUCUUUUCUUUUUUUUUAGUCAAGGAAGUCAUCGCUUGA